AUGGAUGAGCGAAUGCGUCCUUGUGUGGUGUUAAGUGCAUGGAACUGUUGUGAGAUGAGUCCCUUGCAGUGGCCAACCCCUACCUUUGCUUCGCUGGCGCUUCUACUGCUGUCCCUUGGUAGCUUCAGCAAUUCUGCCAGUACCAGAGGGAACACAGCCUCGCUCCUUCCACGUGCGAAUGCGAGAGGAAUUCAUGGUGAGGACGAUAUAUCUUUUGCAGGGAGAAAUAUACAAAACGAAGAUGAAGGAAGUGUGGAAAGGGCAUCUGAGGCCGAGGUCUCAGACUCACGGGAGGGAAGGAAGCGCCCUUAUAUUCCCCUCAAUAGCCUUACGUUCAUGACAGCCAACAGCCAUGUGAGCACCAUUGACUGGUCAUCCACUGACUCCAGUCAAAUACGGCAGUACAUAGCAGGCAGUAAGCUAGCUGGUGUGCCUCAAACAUCCACCAUAAGGCCUACCUCACAAAAUAAACUUACCACUUCCACACUGCCCCCAUUCCCUCUAAUUCACAAGACUACAACCAAGAUGUCCACUCCUUUUACUAAAAACCCUUUUCUUUUAACAACCAAGAGACCCACCUUACCAACAGCAGUUAGAAAUGUUUCCACAUCAUCAACAAGACCCUCUGUAUUAGUAAACUCAAGACCCAUUACCACACUUAGGACACCUACUAUAUCAACAACAAUUAGACCCACAGCCUCAGCAGUUACAAGUUCAACAGUAUCAAGAAUGCCUACAGCAUCAACAACAAGAAGACUUACAUCGAUAACUGGAAGGCCUGUUGAAUUGACCACAGGACCCAUAAAAUCUAUUACAAGUCCACUUAUAACCUGGAAACCGAGUUCUCUAGCAAUUAGUAAUACUUCUGCAGUCACAGCUACGAGUUCUAUUAUAACUUGGAGACCAAGUUCUCUAGCAAAUAGUAACACUUAUGCUAUCACAACAGAGGGAACUUCUGAUAAGCCUAUGACUUCUGCUACAGAAUUAACCACAAUAGAAUCAACAUUCUUUACUCAGUGGUUCACAAAUAAUGGUAACUCAUUCACAACAGGAUUCACAUCCACAGGGGAAAAGACUCAGGCAACACCUACUGAGCUGCCUCCCCCCCUUGAUUCCAUUAAGCCGCCCUUGCUUUCAACAUGGCGACCAACUUUAAGACCAAUACCUAACUAUGUCGAGGUGACUACUCAACCACCAACAACUGUGUCUGUGUCAUCCAGUACUACAACUCAGUUGCCAGUAAAUGAUCUAAAUCCCAAUGCUUCAACUGAAAAUUCUCCAGUUCUUAGUUUAGAUAAUAACUAUACUACCUCUACUCCUGCAGUUCAGGAAUCCUAUCCACCAAUAUCAAGAACCUCCACAGCUUUACCAAUAAGGAAUACACCAAUUCCUAACUAUGUCAAGGUAACUACUGAAGCACCUACAACCCAGUUAACCAGCACAACCACCCAGGAACCAGUAAACCAAGUAAAUCCAAGUGCUGCCACUGAGAAAUCUCCAAUCCUUAGCUGGAACAAUAACUUUUAUUCUACUUCUAGCCCUGUGGUUCAGGAAUCCUUCUCACCGACAGUUAGAACUACCUCCUCAUCUCCACUGCUAUGGAUAACUCGUUGGACCUCAACUAUUUCCCCACAGGUUGUUACAAGUCAGCCAGUACAGAGACCAGGCAAUACUGGCUACAUACCAGCACAUCAAAAUAGAUUUAUCUCUGAUUCUGUGGAUGGCCAAGGUAUUAAGCCAAUAAAACAUGCUACACCACCUUCAGAACAGCAAAAUUAUGAGACAGAGCAUGAGCCCCUGAGUCACUGGCAGUAUCUCGAUUCAAGUCCACAGCCAAUUGACAACUAUACUACUAAGCCCCAGCUAGUUGUUACAAAUAACUUCAUUUCCGACGAUGAUCAGAAGUUAAUACAUGAAGCAUUUAAUAGAUUCCAAACACAAUUUAGUUCUGCCACAGAUACAAGCACCACAUGGCAGGAACACAUAGAAGACACAGAUGUUCCACAAAUACCAACAAUAGAGGAGCCUGGCACAAUAGGUCUGGCUCCUCAACAACCACUGUGGACAACCACACAGCUGCUGGAUGAUAACAAGACAUCCAGCGUCUUUCAAGAUGAUAUGGUGUGGUACUUUGAUUCAAGUAAUGAGUAUAAUAACCCUAAUGUUUCUUGGAUUACUAAUCCAAGACCUCAAGUGCCACACAACUUGCCAUUCACCACUGAAGUCACAAGAGAUCCAAUCACUACACCGGAUCCAGCCCUCUUUGAGAUAAUCAGUGGUUCUUCCAAUGAACAUCCAGAAAAAUUCCCUUCUAAUACAGACCAAAGCCACUUUACGGCCUCUAAACCCACUCAUACCACAUCCAAACAAGACUUAUUUACAAUAUUUGAUAAUAGAUCACAGCCUACUCGAGCAUCUAUUUUACGGCCACUGGUCAAUUCAGAAGUGCAAGUUAACACUCACGCAGAACUGUUCAAGGAUUCUCAACCAGAGGUGGUGUCAGGUUCCUCCCUUGCAGCCCCUCCCUCUACAGUGGAUAGUAACGACGAUUACGACUUUGAUUACGCCGUGUAUGAGGAUGAUCUGAGUGAGUACUAUGCUGCCUAUGGAUACUUACUGGGGGUCGAGCAUGAGGAAGACAGACAGAGUAAACCUGACAAACUACUGACCUUUGAUCUUGACAAAAACAGCCCUUCCAUCCUAGAGACCCUAACCUGGCCUUAUACCACCAUCCCUACUAAAAGGCCUUUAGACUCAGACUCAGCUUAUUCCCAGGUCCCUGCUGUUGAAAAUAAGAACCCUAUAAAUUCCCAUGACACGUCAGAAACUAAGUAUACAUCUCACUUAAUUAGUUCCUCAAAUAAAGAAAACACGUCUUCUGUCCCUCCUCUAGGAAUUUUAAAAAGAGAAUCUAAUUUUACUACUGUAUCACCCAUUUAUACAUAUUCAUCACUUAUACCUGCCUAUCCUCAAUCCCAGUCUUUAGUUUCAUCUAUCCCAUUUUCUCUAAGUGAAAAUGAUUAUGCCAAUUUUCUAACUGAAAAUGAUAGCAUAUAUCCUGACUAUAAUGAUGCUUACUACUACAGUUAUGAAGAUACAGCUGUGGUCAAUGAUUUCCAGUCUUCACUUCAAGUUGAUUAUUCUCUUAAAGUUGGUGAUUCAUCUGUCAGUAGGCCAAUAGGCAGUGAACACCAAGAAAACUUGAACGUCAAUCCUUUACCUCAUUCAAAUCUUCCAGCUUUCCAAGUCGAUAAUUCAAAGUUAGAGGAAAUUCGUCUCCAAGCAAACAAUAAUCCACAUAAUUUAAAUGUACACAAUGUGGGAUUCCUUGACACAUCAUACAUCCCUAAGAUUAUUAAGACAACCACAACAACUCGACGACCUCCUGUUCUGUAUGUUCCUGCUGACAGAGAAUCACAACAAUCUCAUAAUGGCUCCCCAACUCAAGAUUUAGACACUUUUGUUGCACUAAAUCCUCUCAAACCUACUGUAGCUGCUGUGGAACUGGAGAGCAUUCAAGAAUCUAAAGACACUGAGAUUAGUUUUUCCUCCAGUACUAGUAAACCUACACCAUUAUUGCAGGAUACUUCACACAACUAUGUCCAUUAUGGACACGUUUCACAAAUCACAAAUUUACGUCCAUCUAGCUAUAAACUUACUGGAGAUAAUAUGUAUCACCUCUUUACAAGUCCAUUCUUUGUAAAAGAAGAUAAGAGUAAUCUGUCAGUAUAUGAACCAAGUAUUGAAAAAAUCAAAGUUGAAAGUGAAUAUCCUCCUCAUGAACUGAAAAAUCUACAUAAACAGAACUCAUCAUCACACCUAAUAAAUACCCCAACCUAUAACAUCACGCCAUCAAAUACUAACUUCUUCCCAACCACUUAUUCAGGCCAAUCACCAGAAACAGAUGCAACUUCAUCAUCUGGUUCCCAAGGGUAUUUAAGUCCUUCAAACGUAAACUUGUCACUUUCCAAUAACUUUUUCCACAACAACAGCUCCCCUAACAAUAAUGACACUUCUCUUCAUGCAAUAAAUGCUACUCACAAUGUCAGACCUUUCUUACUUCAACCACACAGCUCUUACAUCAAUCCUUCAUCUAAUUUCCAUCAAGAGCCCUUUACUAAAAAUCAGACUUAUGUUACUUCUAUUAAGAGGAUAGGGUUGAGGCCUGUGACUCAGAAACAUGGAUCACAGCCCCCUGAUAGUGCACCAUCAUUAAAUAAUUACCAAGACAAAAAUCAUUUGUCUCCUGUACAUUCAUCUAAUUCUGAUAUUUCUCAGUCCAAUACUGCGUCCAAGAAAGAUCAUGCAAUUACCGUAACCGAGCGACAUGCACAGUUUACUGAAGUUGGCUCCGGUUCUAGUUCUGUAUUAACUGUCACAGACACCACAACUUUUCUGCCACAGCUUGACGACUUUUCUAUCAAAUUUGCAGAGUCAGGAAGUAAUCUUGGCCAAAGUGAUGGUGUUGAUCAGCAUCAUCAGUCUUCAGGUAGUCAUUUUGCUCAUCCAAGCAACCACAACAAUCAGCAAAACCAUCAUCCGACCGUACAGGUAAAAAUAUGGAAAAUGGUUGAUGGACAGCUCAGGCUUGUGGAGGAACAAUCGGUGCCUUCUGGAAUGUUCCAUAAUUCUGGAUUAACAAACGGUGCCGUAGUCAACCCUCAGGAUGUACCAUCUGACGUGCUCUCAAUGGUGGCUACCAGGAUGGAGAAUCCUAGUCUUCUUUACUCUCUUUUAAAUUACACUGCAAGAAAAAGACGCUCCUUGCCCAGCAAACCUGAAGAUACAGGAACUGCUGAAGCUGAUUUAGGCAAAACAGAAUUAAAGAAAAACAAAUCAGAGAUAAAUCACAGAACUACAAUUUCUAUCAACUCUGAAAAUCCGAUGAUCAUUGAAAAGAUGCAAGAAAAUAGGAGACCGAAAGGAAAUUCAAGCACUACCAGAAUAAAGGAAACAAGUAGCAGACCAGCAAUAUCACCUGGUAGAAAAAACAAAGGCAUACCACCUUAUUUUGUAAAAACUUCCAGAAUGAAUGAUGAGAGUAACCACAGUGACUCUCCUGUCAUCCACCUUGUCAUCCCGAACUUGAAAGAACAACCAAGCUUCAACAAUCUAUUGCAGAGGCUUGCAACUCAGUCUGAACAAACUUUAAUUAACAGAGAAUUCCAGACAAAUAAUCGAGAAUCCUUUCCUAGAAAUGAAGCAGCAACAGGUUUAGCCUUUGCACGCGAUCAAAAUAAUCACCGGACUCCUCCACACCCAAUAUCAGCCUUUGGUGGUGUGGGUAACAACAAUCUUCCCUUUACUCCAUCUCCUAUUACCUUUCACAAUGUUCCCUCAGAAGCUUUGCUUCCCCAGGCUACAAAACCUGAAGUUAUCCCUCAAAUUAAACAUUUUGGUGGCGUUGGUAAUCGAAACCAUACGAAUCUGCCACUUGAUAUUGGAACAUCUUUGGAUGAAAAUGAUCUUGGCUAUCUGCACGUGCUCUCACGUUUAGCUAAUCAGAUUCAAAGUUCCAAUGUUCAGAAUCCUAGCUUGCAAGGUAUUCUUGGAGAUAUCACAAGGAAUUCUCCAGGAGUCCAAGCUUCUGGAGGAGUUGUGGGAUACAGUGCAGCUGGAACACUAUUCAACAGUGGUGCAAGUACUCAGGGAAAUAGCUUCUCCCAGUUGCUUCAAGACCCAUCCUUUCCAGGAGAGCAUCGAGGGUCUGUCCUGGAGCUGCUACCUUCUGACCUCCCACAUGUUAAUCCUCUACUUCCCCCAGAUGAACCUCUUGACCACCCUGUACCCUUGAGUGGCGUGCUAGGUUCUCUUCCAUCCUCAAGCACUUUGCAUAGAGAACAACUUCGUAAACAACUUGCCACUAUCACUGGAACCAACACUUUUUCAGGACACCUUGGCAAUGAGGGUUUCUUGAACCAGAAUAAUCAUGCAGUACAGAAUUCUGUUUUAGGAAACCAAGGACAACAAUCAACUUUCAACCAAUUUACCUCAGAUUCUCAAAUACCUCAUCCUGGCUCAUUAGCUUCCCUUGUUAACCCUGGUCCUUUUGACAGUCCCAACCUAACCCCCUCAUUGUCAAGUAAUGUGUUCACAAAUGCAAGACCAAGCAAUUCUUUCUUACUUCCAAAUCAACAAAAUAGUCAAACUGCCUUCUUAAAUCAACAGUCCAUCUCACCAGGUUACCCACAGUCAGGUAAUCAAAAUUUGCGACUUCCAGAUGGCUCUAUGAGUUCUCCUAGCCAACAAAUGGCAUCACCAGCAAGCUAUCAACAAGCAAUAAUUAAUCGUGCCGAUGUCUUAUCAAUCAUCGAUCGUUUGCAAUCUCAGGGUUCAGUUCCCAAUGGCCAGUCUAUUCUAGACUUCAGUCAGACCAGUGCAGCAUCCUCUUUACCAUUACAGCAGCCUGCUGAUCUCUCGCCAUUUGAUCCUAGCCUUCCAUAUCUUCCUUAUCAAGAUGCUCCAACUUUCAGUGACAGUCCCUUGAUCUCUUCUUUACCUGGAGGCACACUAAAUCCAUCACCUGCAACAGUUACAUCCUCAAAUGUCCAAGGCUGCACUCAGAGUACACUAUGUUCUUUGGGCCUUGCUUCCCUGGUAGCACUAGGAAUAUCUAAUGCCUUGGCACUUCCUUUUAUUACACCACUUUUUGUGGGUCGACGACGCCGUACAUUGGAUAUCGCCGGAAAUUUCACUGGUCAAGGAGAGAGCCAUAUAAUGAAUGAUGAUUUUCUCAGAGAGCUAUUAACUAUGGCAGUUACUGCUUAUCCAGGUUUCAGGGACAUCCUCACCGCUGCUAUUGCAUUCCAUGUAGAUAAGGCCCAACAAGAGAAAAGUACAGAAGACCACAUCAUCUUGAAUGCAAAAGCAAAAGAAUACAUGCAGCUUUUAAUGUCUCUAAGAAACGACCAGAUAACAUUUUUAAUUCAGCAUGCCUUAAAGGCGAUAAGUGGUAGGGAGCAGCCAAAAGUAGACUACAACACACCAGCACAGAAGAAAUCAAGUUAUAUAAUGUCCACACUAGCAGACUCUGCUGGUUCCACAGAAAUGCCACACUCAAAAUAA